AUGGAAGGGCCAUGGACGGUCAGACCUCAAUCCGGCGGCGCACGGCUGGGCACUCAAUCUAUCUCCAUGUGUACUGCGGGACGGAAGUUUGGUCGGCAAGCAGUCAGCAUUCUGCCCGCUGUGCCGUGCAAAGACGUUACGGAAGUGUCUGUGUCAGCGCUCAGAAGGCAUAUCAGGGGGGGUGCAGGUGUUGAGGUGUUGAGUGAGCAUGGAUGCAGGCGGAACGAGCUGCUGUGUCGCCAACGGACGUCAUCAGCAUGCUCGCAGACGUACCCCGCAUCGGCAGGCUCGCAUCUACUGCAAUCGAUUGCAUGGGCCCUGUGGUGUUUGAUUCAACGUGCUGCUCCGGCGUGGAAAGAGCGACUGGGAGCAGCGGCCGCACCAACGUGCUGGGCAAUUGCCGACUCUCUCACACCGUCUGCGUCGCGAGCUGAGGGUUGCCGAUACUGCAGCUCCGCGGCUGAUCGACUGUCAACAAGCUUCCCCGCCGCUACGCCGAGUGCAUCGCCGCCAGGACCGAAGCCCGUCCAUUCCGGGGUCCAGGAACAGCAGCGGACAUAUCGCAGUCACGUUGGUAGUCACUUGCGCGCAGCAGUCACGGCCGCGUCCACUCGCCCAGUUGCACUCGACACGCGAAGUCUGAAGCCUGAAGCCACGGGCUGGUGCAUGACGCAGCGCUCCUGUCUUAGACCGACCAAGGCCCUCACGCGCCGGGCUCACCCGCCGAUCCCCUUCGCCGCGGUGCUCCUUCUCCUCCACUCCACCGGCCGCCUCCGCAGAGCAAUCACUCUGCACCCACCAUACCAGAAACACCCGACACACCGCAACCGCAAGGUGCAGGACACUCCUCAGCAGCGCGGGCGCACGACGAGACAUGAGUUGGCACGAGCGCAUAGGCACGGGGAGAGAGUUACACGUAUCUACCCGCGCGAGAUAACCAAGUCGCCGCCCUCUGCACAGCGCUUCGCCUCUGCGUCCCCACCCAUACACUAUAAUGCGAGCACCUCACCGCUCUUCUCGGCAAUCGGUGCCACCAGAACCGCCGCUCAAUAUACGACCGAGUGGACAAAGUCACUGCCGUUCUUUGGCAGCCAGGCCUCCCCAGGCAACGGCGGGAUAGCUAUAGCAGGCUCACCGCCGACGUUCCAGAACUCUCCCGGUGCUCGAGACGGACUAUACAUGCCGGGCAUGUCGAACUCGCCGCCCACGGCCGGGGGACGACCGCUGAGUCACCCAAACCAGCAGGCAACCUUCGGCGGGCGAGACCGCAGGCCGUCGACAUACUCGCAGUACACCGGCCGUCCGCUGUCGCAGAACUUUGCUGGCAAUCCUCCCCUCCCGCAUCAGCCACAAGCACAUUUCUACGGUGCCCCUGAACUCGACCUCGGUCUGGAUGGACUGCAAGAAACAGGCGUUCUCCCAGGCGAGGGGGGAUACUUCUGUGGAUUCGAUACGUUGAGCAUGGCUGGUGACGAAGCAGCUCGAGUCACGGAGAACGUCCUCUUGGUUGGUUCGCAGGGUGGCCUGGACGUGUUUCGCGUCGAAAGGGGCAAGCUCGACAUCAUAGGUCACCUGGACGGUUUGAGAGGCGGCGUCAUUGGUGCCAAGAUCCUUCCAUGGAGCUCAAGAAGAGAUCCUUUUGCGAGUUCAAGGCCGCUGAUCGCCCUCACGCUGCAUGGACCUGUUCUCAAGGAGGGUAGGAGUAGUCAAAGUGGCAGUGGCUCUUCGUCUGUCAUCGACGACUCUGCCUCGGAGUCUCCUAGCAGACCUAGGAGCAACGACUCAUCGAUGCAGGUCAGUGGCUAUCAGACUACAGUUGAGAUUUAUUCUCUCAAGGAGCAGAGAAAGCUAGCUACACUGUACACGAGCCCUUUGGUGCCGUUGGUCACGCCAGUUGGAAGCCCUCUCUUCCAGCCUCCUGCUCCAGUUGGAGAGUUGGUAGUUGAUGCAAAUGGUAAGUUCGUGGUGGUGGCGUCAGGGACGAGCGGAGAGAUCUUUGUCUAUGCCCCCUAUGUCAAAGGUCAUAGGGAGCAUGCCGAGCGGUUUCGUUGUGUUGGCAAGAUCUGGACUUCCGUACAGCUACGUGAGCGGACGGUUCCCUCGAGUGGAUCUAGCGGUGCAGAUGGUAGUCACGAAGAUGUUCCACCUGAGAAGUAUGGUGUGCCUGUCUUCUCACUCUCCGACCGAUGGCUUGCUGUAACCCCACCCACAUCCAGUUCGUCGUAUUCGGUCAACGGUACCGCAUUGACUUCCCAGUACUACGAACGACCACCCGGUACCGCCCACCCCACAGCGCCGACUCAACCAUCCAUCAACUGCGCAGUCGAUGCUCCCGAAGUGGCCAGUCUUCUGAAUCGAUUGACGAGAGAAGGCACCCAGGUCGCGAUUCAAGGCGCGCUCUGGGCCACUGAGAAGAGCAUGCAGGCUUUCAAGAACUACAUGAACAAGGGCACCGCAAAUAGUCUACCAUACCAAGAUCCCAUGCAGCACUACUUCCCACCUACCCACGGACACAACCAGGCACAGCCAAGGCAGGAAGCGUCGGUGGUCGCGAUUCACGACUUGCAGAAGCUCGUUGAGGCAGAAGAAACUCGAAGCAAAGGCGCCUUGCAGCCAAUAUCAGUCUUUCCUGCAACGAACGGCUGCAGCUUCUUGUCGUUCUCUCCAACAGGCCUGAUGCUCAUGACGAUAAGCACCAAGGGAGACUGUCAGGAAGUAUGGGAUCUGAAACGCGUGAACUUUAGGAGAGCACGAAAGACCAACAGGGAGCAAGCACUGGGUCCGCAUGUACGACAAGUCGCCAAGUUCACGCGCAUCACAGUCACGAACGUGAUCGAUGUAGUUUGGUCUGCCCCGCGCAUUGACAAGGUUGCCGUUAUUACAGACAAAGGAACGGUGCACAUGUUCCUUAUGCCAGCGUCAGCUUCUCAGUGGCCGCCGCCUAGGAGGAUUCGUCCAGCAGGUGCAGCAAAAUCAACAGAUGAUGCAGCCCCUGUGAACACCGGAGGCGCGGUCGGGUCUGCAAUGCACGCGGCCAAGCCUUUUAUUAACGCUGUGCGCGGCCGAGCUCCUAGUAACGGCUCUCGCUUUACUUUCAGCAGUCUCGGUAUGACUCCUGCGGCAGGUGCGAAAUCCAGCAAGGCUGUGGCUGCAGGAGUGGGCAAUUCCAUCAACAGCAUCAGACGGUCUGGUGACAACAAGUUGACACUGCCUGUGUCGGCCAGCGGUGUUAAACCCCACAGCGCACGAUGGCUCUCUGGCAAGGGUCGAGGGUCUAUUGGCUUGGUCUCAGGCGGUGUGCUGCAGAUCUGGCGAGUUCAGAUGCGACCUGCUAAUGGGAAAGGGAAGGCGCCAAAUGCAACAUCGAUCUCGAAGAGGAAGGUUGUUGAGUUUGGUCUGGCUGCGAUUCCAGACACUCCAUUUCCUCCAUCUGUCACUGAACAGCUUUACCCACAAGCUGGUGACCAGGAAGGAACAAAUAACGUCUAUGGAGAAUGGUUGCCUCGAGCUUUACCAAACAAGCCUGCCACACAUGGCGCUAAGAAGGCAGUCCCAGCUCUGGCCCCUCUCAGCUUCUCCGAGAUCGAAACGAAUCCACCGUACCAGCCGUUCUACACCGAUCGACGAGUGACGCGUUUCGUCUAUUCACGACCUUUGGCAAGCGUGCAUGAAAGCGGCAGUGAGCAUCAGUCACCGACACCGAGUCUUGCCAGCACUCUCCAUCAUGAGGACGACACAUCGCCUUGGCUCUUUGGUGAGGACGUUGAUGCGAUCCGUAUCUCCUCUCCUGCGACACACGCACACGAUGUCGACGAGGACGAUUUCGCUGCCGGUGUCGCAGCACGGAUCGAGAAUAAGCUCGUGCUAAACGAUGACGAAGAGCAAGUCGAGCAGGUCGUCGUCACCACGAGGCGCAGGCGCGUCAAGCGGGAGGGCGAAGAGGGCGAAGAAGGUUUCUUCGAGGAUGACUGCGAAGUGCUGGACUUUGCCGAGGAUCGCGUCUGAGUGCUUGUUAGGUACACGCAUGCGACUCUGUGUUGACUUUGUUGUUUUUUGAGUGCUUCUGCAUUCGUGUUUGUAUCGCCUGCGUUGCUUCUGGAUGGUGCAUGGAUGUGCUUUGGCGUUAUCCUGCUUGCGCUGCUUGUCGUUUGCACACUAAAGAUACCAAUAUAAGAUACCACAUAGUCGCGCGUUUUAGAUAGAUCAAUAUAUAAACCAUGAAACCCUCCAAGCUAUAACUCUUCGGCGUGGCUGGUGG